UAUUUGACCAUGUGUACAGUUUCAUAAAUACAGGCCCAGGUGGUCAAUAAGGUUAAGCGUCUUUUUCUUCAAUGUACAUGUAAGACUGAAACGAUGUUUUUAUUUUUGAGAUGAAAGUCAGAAAUGAUCUUUUCCCUACAGAAUAGGCAAGUACUUCAAUUAAAGAGACUUUUAUCGCAGUGCCUGACAAGACUCGUGACGUAACCUCAUUGUAUUCGCCGAUAGAUCGCGGAGUGAUACACGAUUGGGACGCAAUGGAGCAGAUCUGGGACUAUUUGUUUUACCAGAAGAUGCAAAUUGAUCCAGAAAUAUGGCAGCUCGCUACCGCCGAGCCUCUUUUGAGUCCGAUGGCUCAAGUUGAAGCCAAAGCCCAAAUAUUUUUUGAGAAGUAUAAAUUCCCAUCACUUUGUGUGACCGACGAAGGGACACAGACUAUGCUUAGUAAAGGAUAUUCAUCUUGCAUAUGUGUGUGUAUAGGGGAUGGAACGACAACUAUAUCGGCCGUGAGCGACAGUUUUCGUAUUCCCUCUGCUACACAAAAACUUGAGAUUGGCGGUCGUGACGUCACAAUGUUCCUCCAGUCUUUACUCUGUAACAAUGGAUACAGUUUCGUCACUCCAGGUGAACUGGAGAUUUUACGAGAAAUCAAAGAGAAGCAUUGCUACGCCUUAGAAGUACCUUUAUCUGGACAAGCUGCCGACACUCGGGUUUCCUACCGCGAGGAGUCACUUAUUUCUCUUCCUGGUGGUGACGUCAUACCGAUGACGUCAGAAAAAUGGAAAUGCGCAGAGGUGUUGUUUGACCCAUCACUUGCAGGAUUGCCAUAUCCAGGUUUACACCAUGCCAUCAAGAAUUGUCUAAACAAUGUGCCCAUAAAUGUAAGAAAGGAGCUGAUGGAACGUAUUGUUUUAUCUGGUGGUACUGCUGAAAUGACAGGUCUUCCCCAGAGACUUUUGCAGGAAAUGAAGAAGAUUAAUACUUACCCAGGCUGUGUUCCUCAGGUGAAAUUUACACCAGACGACAACAGUAGCAACUGGAUCGGUCUCUCUAUUGUAGGAUCAUUGUAUGACUCUGAGGAUAGAUGGGUAUCUGAAGCAGAAUAUGAGGAGUUCGGGACCGACUUAUGUACGGAACAGACAUGCUGAUUGUACAUACACGAGGCCUCAGGAACAGAUGUAGUGAUACACGGAAUGUUUCACUUAAAACAAGAACGUAUUUUAAUGGGAAACCAUUACAGAAGUCCUCCAUAUAUAUGUAUAAAUACAUGUAUACCAAUUUUCAUCAAAAUCGAUCAAUGUCUUAAUUUCGACAAAUCAGAAGCCUCAAUCUGGUUGCUAUGGCAAGGAAACCCGUGGGGUAGAAUACGCAGUCCCCUAAUACCCCUUAAUACCAAUUGUCAUAAAAAUCGGGCAAUAUUAAAAUUCGGACCAAUCCGAGGCAUUGAAAUAGUGGCCAUUUUCUUUAAAUGUGAGGUUACGAAAGUGUGCGGUGUCCCAUUAUACACGUACCCACACACUCACAAAAGUUCAUCCGAAUUGGACAAUAUUGAAUUGUUUACUGAUUAGAGAAAAGAAAUAGCUGCAUUUGUUUUUUUCUUCAAAAGUGAACGCCGCAUUAUUUUUCAUAGUGCAAUACUAUACACUGACUACAUACCGAAAAAUCUGACGAUGGCUCAAUUUCGACCAAUCAGAGGUCAUCCCUAUGGCGGCCAUUUUGAUUAUAAUUUCGACAUUUUAAAACUUCACCAAGGAACAUCUUGUAGUCAAUAUUUAUUUUACGUAUGCAUGUUUUUAAAGAUAAUUAUAUAAUGAGUAUAUAUAAAAGCAAAGAAAGAAGAAGAAAUAAUUAAGAA